AUGGCAGCAAAGAAUGGGGAUGAAGAAGUUGUUCAGAUACUGCUGGAUAAAGGAGCUAGCACCAAUGCUGUUUCUGAAUCCUCCACGACAGCACUCUAUGAAGCAUCGAGAAAUUGGGACCAAAAGGUUGUGGAAAUCCUUCUUGAGCAUGGGGCUGCUACAGAACCUGAAGACCUAUGCAAUGGUAUUGCACUUCACGCAGCAGCAGAGACUGGGCAUUUUCGAAUCGUUGAGAUACUUCUUGACCAUAAAGCCAACCCCAAAUUCCAAGAUGAAGAUGGCCAUACAGCACUCCAUAAAGCUGCAGAAAACGGUUAUGAGAGAAUCGUUGGCAUCCUGCUCGAAAAAGGUGCCAGUGUUGGCAUUCAAGACAAUGACGACCGCACGGCACUCCAGUUGGCGGCGGAAAAUGGGCAUCAAAAUGUUGUUGAGAUCCUCGAGAAGCAUGUCAAGCCUGGUGGGAAGCUCAGCUCUGUUGUAAAUUGA